UUAUUUAAUCCAAGGCACGUUGGAAGUGGAAUCACCCUGAAGUAGAGGAAGGUGAAAUGAGCAAAGGGCAUCUGUGUGGGACCAGCAGGUCUCACUGCACUGGGGCACAGGGAGCCCUGUUUUCCCUCUGGGCUCCCCAGGAUUCAGGCUGAGAGCAGUGUCGAAGAUGAGGCAGCAGCACAAACCUGAGCUCAAAGAAAAAAGGCUGAGCAAAGUUCAGCCAAAAAAGAGAAGUUUUUUUGAGGGGAUUCCCAAUAAAAAAGCCUAGGAAUGACACAAUGAAAUCUUUCCCGGCUUGUCAAUAUCUUCUUUCAAUAGUCCAUGACUCCCAGAGUGAAGAAAUGUCCAACAGCAGCUCCAUCAGCCACUUCCUCCUGCUGGCACUGGCAGAGACGCGGCAGCUGCAGCUCCUGCACUUCUGCCUCUUGCUGGGCAUCUCCCUGGCUGCCCUCCUGGGCAACGGCCUCAUCAUCAGCGCCGGAGCCUGCGGCCACCACCUGCACACGCCCAUGUUCUUCUUCCUGCUCAACCUGGCCCUCAGCCACCUGGGCUCCAUCUGCACCACUGUCCCCAAAGCCAUGCACAAUUCCCUCUGGGACACCAGCACCAUCUCCUACUCAGGAUGUGCUGCACAGGUAUUUUUCUUUGCCUUUUUCAUUGCAUCAGAAUUUGCAUUUCUCACCAUCAUGUGCUACGACCGCUACGUGUCCAUCUGCAAACCCCUGCACUACGGGACCCUUCUGGGCAGCAGAGCUUGUGCCCACAUGGCAGCAGCUGCCUGGGCCAGUGCCUUUCUCAAUGCUCUGCUGCACACAGCCAACACAUUUUCCCUGCCUCUGUGCCAUGGCAAUGCCCUGGGCCAGUUCUUCUGUGAAAUCCCACACAUCCUCAAGCUCUCCUGCUCACACUCUAGCUUAAGGGAAUUUGGGCUUCUUGUAGUCACUUUCUUUUUUGGCUUUGGCUGUUUGGCGUUCAUGGUUUUCUCCUAUGUGCAGAUCUUCAGGGCUGUGCUGAGGAUCCCCUUUGAGCAGGGGCGGCACAAAGCCUUUUCCACCUGCCUCCCUCACCUGGCCGUCGUCUCCCUGUUUAUCAGCACUGACACAUUUGCCUACCUGAAGCCCCCCUCCAUCUCCUCCCCAUCCCUGGAUCUGGCCCUGUCAGUUCUGUACUCGGUGGUGCCUCCCGCCCUGAACCCCCUCAUCUACAGCCUGAGGAACCAGGAGCUCAAGAAAUCUCUCAGGAAAGCUGUGACUGGAUGCUUUUCAGACUUUUCACUGUCCCAUAACAGCCCUCACAGUGCUUUGCAUUGGGAGCCAGAAAGGAGCCGGAAACACACCCCUGGUUUGGCUCCUGCUGUGUCUCAGCAUUCUCCCUCCAUCAAGGGGCUGCGAGUGGGUCAGAUCCUGGCAAGGGACACCAGGCCAGCGACCCAAAUUAACCAAAUGGAUAUUCCAGGCUGUAUGGCAUUAGUUCUGGUGUAAAAGCUAAGGAAGGAGGAGGAAUAGGGGGCAUUUCCUAUCUACAGUGUUUGCCUUCCUGAUCAACCACUCUGCCUGCUGAAGUUCUGCUUCCUGGGAAGUGGCUGAACAUCACUUGCUGACGGGAAGGAGAGAAUAAAAUUAUUGGGUUUUUUCUCAUUGCUGGUGCAUGUAAAAACUUCCUCUUUUGCUACAGAAAACUGCCUUACCUCAAUCUACGAUUUCUUUCCCAUAUUAUUUUCUCUCCCCUGCCCAGCCAAAGAGGGGAGUGCUAGCACGGCUUGGUAGGCACGUGGACUCCAGUGGAGGUAACCCACCAGAAGAAGCCACAGAAUGCCUGCUUUCCUCUGACAGCAACUUUCAGUGUAUGUCAUGAGAGGCCAAAUCUGCCCUUAUGUAGAUUUUAAUUUUUUUUCUGCUUUUGAUUCUGUUAUAUUAGAAGAAAUGCUAUUAUUUACACUCUUAAUCUCAAUUAUCCCUCC